AGAUUUUCUUAUCUCGCCAUGCUAUUGCAACGAGUUAAGCGUAGCUUUGGCAGGGGUAAUGAUAUACCGUGAAGGUACUUGCAAACCGGCAUUAGACAUGACUUAGUAGCACACACAUUCUCUUCCUGUACUGUGUGACAACCCGUGCCUAGAAAAAUCGUUACAUACAUCGCAUCCUUACUGCACAGACGAGCAGUUGCUAUAUUAUAUUAUAGGCUGAAUGAUUUCGCAAACACUUCGGCCUCCAAGUAAGAGUCACGCGACGCAUUGAAUGUCCCCAAUCUUUGUCACGACUAAGUCAAUCCCUAAUCGUUCGUUUGUUACGGAGCUGUCUUAAUACAAACCUCGAAAAUCAUUACAGUAUGACAGCGACACAAUACGAGGAGAAGGAGGCCGUCACUACAUAUAGUAUGCACGUUUCCGCCAAAUAUCUGGAGCUGACGAAGAAGAAGCUCGAACUCACGCGUCUACCGCGCGAAGUGGAGCUCCCAGAGCAAAGGACGUGGGAGCAAGGGACGCCAAAAAGUGCACUUGAACCAUUAUUGGACUUCUGGCUCGAUGGCUACGACUGGCGGGCUGCCGAAGCAAAGUUUAACCUAGACCUUCCGCAAUAUCGAACGACUAUAACUACACCAUCAACGUCCAGUCUACCUACUCCUCAAAUACUUCGCAUACACUUUGUGCACAAGCGUUCGAAGCACGAAAAUGCCAUACCACUUCUUUUUUGCCACACAUGGCCGUCUUCAUUCAUUGAAGUCCAACGAGUCAUCGACGCACUCACCGAUCCUCAUUCGCUGCCGAGCUUUGGUGAUGGCGCACAGCAGGCUUUCCAUGUCAUUGCGCCAAGUAUACCUGGCUUUGGUUUUAGCGACGCGAGUAUGUCUGAAGAUUUUGGGCUGAAUGGCACUGCGGAGGUAUUCGAUGGAUUAAUGGCCCGGUUGGGAUAUGAUCGAUAUGUCGCGCAUGGUACGGGAUGCAUAUGCCGCGCGCUGGCUCUCCAACAUCCAGAACACUGUCUUGCGGUGCACACAGCAAACCCGUCGUUCACCGAGCCAGCUUUCAAGCGAGGACCACUCGCGUACAUGAAAUAUCGAAUCGCGAAGAUGACAAAAGCGAAGAUUCCCCUCUUGAGCUUCGGUUACGUGCCUACGGAACUUCAGGCGUCCCGCGAAAGACAAGCUUCUGAAGUGGGCCAAGAAUCACUCUAUUCAUCUCGACCGCUCGGCCCGACGCUUCAUCGUCUAUACUCGCUUCGACCGCAGACGCUCGCCUUUUCGUUGUGCGAUUCUCCGGUUGGACUUUUGGCUACGUUACUUGAUGUAAUUCAUACUAGGGCACCGAGCCAUUCGCCGCUGACUUCGAGGUCGAGGUCGCCUUUUCUCUCGCCUGUUGAGCUCGAGAUGCGAGAUGACGAGCAUGAGCAUCCGGAACGUGAUCGGAUCCAUUCAGGCUCGACUGAAUACCCAUUCAGCCCACGACAGAGUGAGAUAGAUGCCCAUAAUUACACUUGGUCGCCUACUGAGGUCCUUAACUUCACGAUGCUACAAUGGCUUCCAGGGCCUGAAGCUGCACUCCGCUGGUUGCGUCGCGCGCACCUCGAAUCCACGGACACUCAGUGGAGCAGACACUGCUCGAUACCUCUAGGUAUUAGUUCUUUCCACGCGCGCAACAGCAGCAGGACGACACCGCUUAUGUGGGGUUCGUCCUCAUGGGACAUCUCGUGGGUGAAGCGCCACCAAAGACCCAGCCACAUACCCGCGUGGGAAGCGCCGGAUCUCGUUGUGCUGGACCUGCGAGAGUGCUUCGGCACAUUUCUGUCGCAUGGGAAACUAACCAACCUUCCCAGUGCAGCAAGUUGAGCGCGGGCGCUGACGGCAGACACUAAAAAGUGUCGAAGGCUGCUAUAGCUAUACGACGGGUCGUUAUGCGCAUAUAGCUGGGUGGACAAUUAGCAGCGUCAUGAAUGCAGAGCGGAGGGACGGAAUGGCAGUGCUGGCACAGGAUGCAUGUGUGUAUUUUGGUUGCUGGGGUGGAGGUGCAGAUCGUUGCGGCUGAGUGGGGUAUGCGGCGAAAGGGGGACAGGCCAUGAUUGGAAAUCCUUGCCCAGACGUAAUAUAUGGUUGGGCUAGCAAGCGUAAUGGUAGGGAUAGGCAGGGCUAUAGCGGGCGUUUUGUGGUUGGGGUGUAGUUAUCUUUGGACAGGUCGUUAUGAGCGUAAGUUGGAUGAUAUUAGCGUACACAUGCAGGGAAUUGCAAGACGCGUAGUUGAUUGUUGCAAAGGCACACUGUUCAGGCUGGUUCGUAGUAAACAUGACACACGAAUGUCCUCUUGUUAGUAUGUACAAAACAG